CGCGGAGCAUCCUGGAGCAGUGUGGACUCUCCGUCAUGGCCGCCGCCAGUGUGGCUGUGCAGCGUGCGCUGGGGAAGCGCAUCGUCCCUCCUCUGGUCGUGAUUUUAGGCGCUACUGGAACUGGAAAAUCGAAACUGGCCAUUGAGCUCGGGAGGAGACUGCAGGGAGAGAUAAUCAGCGCCGAUUCCAUGCAGGUUUAUAAAGGGCUGGACAUCAUCACCAACAAGGUGACACCAGAGGAGCAGGCGCAGUGUCCCCAUCACAUGAUCAGCUUUGUGGACCCACUGGUGAGCAGCUACACAGUGGUGGACUUCAGGAACCGAGUUUUGUCUCUAAUAGAGGACCUGCAUCACCAGGAGAAACUGCCAGUUAUUGUUGGAGGCACCAACUACUACAUUGAAUCUAUUUUAUGGAAAGUUCUUCUUGAUACUAAGCAGAAAAGUGGAACUGACAUAAAGCGCAAGCUUGAGAUAAUGGGUGGUCCUGAACUUCACAAACGACUUAAGGAGGUGGACCCAGAUAUGGCGGCCAUGUUGCAUCCAAAUGACACACGGAAAAUUGCAAGGAGUCUUCAGGUGUACCAGGAGACAGGAAUCCAGCACAGCCGUCUGCUGGAGGAGCAGCAGAAGCAGGAAGGGGGAGAUGGUCUUGGAGGUCCUCUGCGUUUCACUGACCCCUGCAUUUUCUGGCUUCAUUCCAACAUGGAUGCUUUGGAUAAAAGGCUGGACGAGCGUGUGGAUGAGAUGUUGUCUUCCGGACUGAUAGAAGAACUGAAAGACUUUCACCAGCGCUUCAACGAGAAGAAAAUCCAGGAGAACAGUCAGGACUACCAGCAUGGCAUCUUCCAGUCCAUUGGGUUUAAAGAGUUCCACGAGUACCUGACUGCAGGAGCAGAUGUCAGCCAGGAGGAACGAGAGGAGCUUAAAAUGAAAAGUGUUGAGGCCUUGAAGCAGGCGACGCGUCGCUAUGCCCGGAAACAGAACAAGUGGGUCCGCAACAGAUUCCUCAAGAGACCUGGUACCUAUGUCCCUCCUGUGUAUGGCCUGGAUGUGACAGAUGUAUCCUGCUGGGAGCAAACGGUCCUCCAUCCUGCCCUCGACAUACUGAACUGCUUACGGAAGGGAGAACAGCCGCCCGUUGAGCCAAUCAGAGUGGAAGGGGAGGGGCCUCGGAAUAAGCGGAGUCACCACGUGUGUGAACUGUGUGAUAAAGUGAUCAUCGGUGACAUGGAAUGGACAGCUCAUCUGAAGUCUAAAAACCACCAGCAUCAUGUGAGGAAGAGGAGGAAUGCUGAAGAGAGCACGGAGCAUCAGCAGGAUGUAGAGUCCAAUCUCGCCUCAGCACCAAAAUAUCCAAAACAGGCAAGUCCUACUACACUGGGUGUGGCCAGCUUGGAGCCGGGCACAGAAGGAACUGGGGAUGAUGAACAGAAUGAUCUUUGAGAUGCAUCCUGGUACUACUUUUCCUUUUUAGUUUUUUGUGCGAUAAACUGGUGUGAGUAAAAACAUACAUGGACUACACUACACAUGUGGGAAAAACAGCCUGAGAAACUCUCUCUUUCUCUUUUAUUUUCUUGCCUUGCUUUAUUCCUGGACUAUUCUCAGUUUUUUUUAUUGCUGGAUUACUACCUGGGAUCUUCUGAACUUUGAAACUUUCUCCUUGGAUCCUUUUUUUUUUUAUUUUUUUUUUUAACCUGGAAUCUAAAACAUUUCAGGACAUUUCAAGAAUAUAUGGAAUAAUUCAAGUGCAGCAUCUUUUCCCCUUUGUGCCUUUUUUGAUCUUCCAAAAUUCAGCCAUAUUUUUGUUUUUUGGCCUCAUAUUUUUUUAAAGACUGCCUUCAGAUUGUGUAAUAUAUAACAACAUAACUGCUUGAAUAAUAAGCUCUAUAAUUAAAGUGUUUUAUUUUUUAUAAA